AUGGCACUGAGAAGGUCCAUCGUGACUUCUAACGAGUUCUUUAAGUGCGAGUUUUAUCCACCUUCUCACCUUUUGGGACUCUUCAGAAAAUCACGGCCUGCGCUUCGAGUAAAGUGUGAACAGGACCAAGUGCUGUUUAACGACCCAUCUCUUGAUUUUGGAUCAACGAAUAAAAGAUUACAAGGUUCGGUGAAGAACAUGGAUAUGAUGUCAUACAGUUUCAAACGUAUUGAAGUAAGGAGACUCAUGCGUGAAAAGUUCUGGGACUCUUAUCAACGUGGGAAAGGAUGUGAUGGACUAUACGUUUUCAACGUUAGACUCUUACCGAAAACUGCCAGCGAAUGGAUCCAGUUUAACCAACAUAUAUUACAGGCCAUAGAGAAAGUUACCAGUACAGACUUCAACAAGAAGAUUCAAAAUGACAAUUCACGUGUCGAUUGGAGGAAGCUACUGAAGGUGUUGGAGAAGAACGACAUGGUCAAGCCCGAAUGGUUUGACCAAGUUGCUGCUCUAUACUCCAAGAAGAGUAUAAAAAGAAAAUCUUCAACGAGCAAAGCGACACAGAUGAUUCAAUUACCAAAGAGGAAACCAACGUGGUGA